CGGUUUGAAUGACGGCGGAAAUCGGCUGUAGUGGAGUAAGAAGUAAACAAUAAAAGUACUGACUGAGUUUUGACCGCAGGUUCUGGGGGUUUAGAAGGUUUGACGACAGCAACACCGAGUCACUCGCUUUAUAAGUCCGUUAAAGUGAAAAGGAUACCGUUAAAGUGCACACAACGCGGACUGGUAACGUCCGUUGGCUAUGCCAGAGAGAAACAAUGGAGCAGCAGGAGCAGGUGGAAUGGGAUGAUGUGAACAAACUCCUGCAGCAUCAUGGAUUUAAACCCGUGUGUUUUGCAGAUCCUGUGGAGAAUAAAAACCUGUCAGAUCUGGUUCUGCUGGAUAAGAAGUCUGCAUCUGAGAUCAGAGCCACCCUCAGAAUAAUGCUGACCGACUCUGAGCGCAGGCAGGCGCUCAUUCAGGAGCUCAUCAAGUCCAACGGUCAACUCAAGGAGGACGUUCAGCUGCACAUGAGCAGAUCAGCUCAGCAGGGUCAGAGGGCGUCGGAGCUCCAGGUUCUGUUGGACGACGUCAGGUCCAAAGUCCAGGACUUAGAGGACCGCUGCCUGGGUUCAGCCGUCCAACAGCACAGCCAGACGCAGCAGCUGCAGCAGGACCGACAGGAAGCACUGGUACACGGACACCCACUGGACCGGUCUGAACCGAAGCGGUGUCAGACGCUGGAGGAGAAACUGUCCAAGCAGAGGGAGGAAACGGCUCAGCUUCAGAAGAAACUCUACUUUACAGUAAAAGAGGAGGAGCGAAGAGUGGCCCGACAGAGUCACACCUUCAAACACAUCUGCAAGAAAGACGUCCAACAGAGCAGUGCAGCCGACCGGCAGGUGUUGGACGUGAUCGACUACUAUGAGAAUAAAAUGAAUCAGCUGCUGAAUGAACUCAGGUGUUCAGAUGCAGGUUCAAACCCAUCCUCCACGGUCUCUCCAUCCUUGAAGACCCUGCUCAAGGAGUACCAACAGCAGCAGAAGGAGAGUCGGUUCCAGAUCGAAGAACUGAAGCGGAACGUCGACCAUCUGAAGCAGGAGCUGGACACACGGCCGACGCUGAAAGAGCUGAAGUUCUACAAACACAAACUGAGACGUUUGGAAGGAUUCCACAACCACAGAUUAUCGAAAGAUGACGACGCAGGAAACAGAAGCUCCAAAGACACAGAGUCACCGUUAUGUGCUCAUUAUCGCCAGCUGCUGAAUGACGUCAGUGCCAUUCUGACCAACGCCAACGCUCCGCUGAAACUCCACCCACACGGACACGCCUCUGUGGGCCUGGAGGGGGCGGAGUUCCAGCCUGUGGUCCCCAUACUGGAGGUGUGGGCCCAGCAGCUGCAUCUGAUGAAGGACCUGCAGCGCGGUUUAAGCAGACUGUCGUCCAGACUGAUGCCGUGGCAGGUGGGUGACGGACGUCCGACGGCCGCAGACGCUGUGAGGGUGGAGGACAUGAUGCUGCUGGUGGACGCCAUGUUGGAAAACACCUGCACCCACAACGAAAAGGUGCUCCGAAGCCCCACCCGUCACACUCUGGGGUCCAUGGUGUCUCAUUUCCAGAAGCUGUUUGACGUGACGUCCCUCAGCGGUGUCUACCCACGUAUGAACCAGGUCUACGCCAAACUGGGCGAAAUGACCAACGCCAUGAGGAACCUACGAGACCUCCUGGACCUAGACGGCAGCGUUUCUCCAGGUGAGCUGGUUAAUCAGGUGGCCAGGCUGGUAUCGUCCUCUGAACAGCCAGCGGCGGUUCAACAUCUGCUGGGACAAAACGACAUCGACAGUAUAAUUAUGAAGGUGAAGCAGCAUGAGGAGUUCUUCCCUGCCUUUCAUUCUCUUGUGGUGGAACUUUUACAGACUCUGGGAGUCAGCCGUCUGGACGACAUCCUUCCAGCUCUGAAGUCUUUGAAACAAACGGCGCCGUGAUGUUUCACGUGUCAGCGGGUUGUUUUUGUGACGAAUGUAACGUUUGACGUGUUUCCUGUUUUGAAUAAAAGUGUGGAAGGUUUUACAUCAUGUGACCCGGACGCCCAGUUCAA